GAAGAAGAGAAGUGCAUAAAUAUAGGCUCCAAUUGAAGCUGCGAUUUAGUUGCUGCUCCGAGGCGGAACUGUAUAGAAGGGUAUAAAUACACAUACACAAGUGCUUGUGCGUGUAUAUAUAAAUGCGAAGGCAAGGCUCAGUAGUAUAAAUAGCGCUGUCCACUGAAGCUGGGUGUCAGUUGCAGCUGUGAGGCUGCCCGUCAUAGAUGGUGUGGUAUGCUAUAUAUGUAUGUGUUUGUGUGUGCGUAUAAAAAUAUAAAUGGCGGAUCAUGCCUAAAAGCUCGCAAGAGAUGAGCCAGCAGAUAAAAUAAUUCUGCCAAGGUACAAACUUGUGCCACCUUUUUUACCCAGUGGAGUGGAAUUGCUGCAAUCGUGAGCGUUAAACAGGCUAAAGGAGGGAGCGAGAGGCUGUGAAUAAGAAAUGGGUUAAGAAUCAAGGUGGGCAGCAGACGCAGUCAAAACACACACACACACACACACACACACUCGGGCACAGCAAACGGGUCGCAUUCCAGCGCUGGCUGCGCACUCAGCACGGGCAGAGACAGCAGCAACCACUGCGGCUGCGCAGACACCUUGGCCGCUGUGUCAGUGCGCGUUGAGAUCUUCAACGGGCGAGUCGGCGAAUUGCGGAGAGUGGCCGAACAUUGAGGCAAAGUAAAAACUAGAAUAAAAACAACUUAAAAUAUGCGCGUGCCCCGCCGACACGCUCACACAGCAGAAAUAUAUUUUUAGUGAUCUUCUCUCGCUGCGUGCGUGCGUGUGUGUGUGUGUGUUGAACUUUCUUCAGCCGCUGGGCGCUUGAGCAUGUUAUUUGUGAACGGCAAACCAAAGUCAACAAAGCAAACAACAACAAGUGGCCGCGCAGCGGCGCAGGAAAGUGCAAAAGCGUCGCAAACAGCAAGUUUCUUGGCAGACGUGGCAAACAUAAAAUUUAAAAGUGUACGCGGAAAUCAAUUAAUGCCUUUAUAUAUGUAUGUAUAUUAACACGUAUGUGUGUGCAACAACAUAUGAAAAGUGAAAGUACGAGCAACUUAGCAAAUAACUAAUAACAAAAGCAACCACAAUAUUCUCACGCUGCGAAACCAUGUCCAGCCACAGCGUACAGCGACGCAAGACAACGCGCUCUAAGUCGAAACAGCAGCAACAACAAAAACAACAACAACAGCAAAAUGUUGCGGAAACCCUCAUCGAAAAUCAAAACGCAAGCAACGAACAAAACGAAAGACUUCACUUUCGCAGCCGUUCAGCAACCUCGGUCGGUGCAGUAGCAGCAGCGGCAGCGCCAGUCACUUGCAAUUCACCUUCACCACAAUGCUGUAAUGGCAUGCUGCCCACCACAGCCACCACCAUGCUCAACUGUUGCCGCGAUAUUAACUGCCACCUGAAUACCCCGCUGGCGCUACCAUUGCGCGGCAGCGUUGAGCGCAGUCGACGCUCAGAGAGUCGGCAAUCUUUUCUAGCAUCAGAAACGCUUAAGCCGACGACGACGACAGCAUCGCCUACGCCUACCUCUGCAUCUAAGCAGCCGCAUUCCCGUUCCCGUUCGCGUUCGUGUUCUUGUGAUGUCGGCAACGCGUGCAAUAUUGAGGAUCCUCUCAGGCAGAGCCCAGACAGCGCUGCAGCGGCAGCGAAAUUAACCGUUAGCCUGCACAUUGAUCUCAUCAGCUGGGGUCUCUUUCUGCUGGCGUUCUUAACGCGCUUCUAUAAGCUGGCAACGCCGCCGCAUGUUGUCUUCGAUGAGCUGCAUUAUGGCAAAUAUAUAUCGCACUAUAUGCGCAACAUCUUUUUCUUCGAUCAGCACCCACCACUGGGCAAGCAGCUGAUAGCUGGCCUUGUCAGCUUUGUCGGCUACGAUGGCAACUACACAUUUCCACGCAUUGGCGCCACCUAUGCGUCAAAUGUGCCCGUCUUCUGGCUGCGAUUUGUGCCCGCACUUUGUGGAAGUCUGCUCGCACCAGCCGUCUACAAGCUGCUGUUGGAAGCGCAGCUGCGUCGCUGGGCAGCAGCGCUUGGCGGCCUGCUUGUCGUCCUGGACAAUGCUCUGCUAACGCAGUCGCGUUUCAUUCUCAUGGAAUCGAUGCUGCUGCUGGCCAGCACCGUGGGCAUUGCCUGUCUGCUGCGCUUCCAGCGCUGCUCGCUGGGCAGCCUCAACUGGCUAAGCAGCGGAGCAGCGGCUGCGCUGUUUCUUGCCUGCGCCGGCUGUGUCAAAUAUGUUGGCUUCCUGGCGCUGGCCCUUGCCGGCUAUUUGCUGUGUCGACAUCUCUGGAAGCUGCUCUACGAUGCGACUUUGACAAAUGGCCAACUUUGGCUGCACGCACUGGGCAGACUGCUGCUGUUUGUGGGCAUACCGCUGGCCGUUUACCUGGGCGUCUUUUACAUCCACUUAAGGACGCUACAUCGGGCCGGGCCACAUGACACCAUCAUGACCAGUGCGUUUCAGGCCUCGCUAGACGGCGGCCUGGCGUCGAUCACACGCGGCCAGCCGUUGGCUGUGGUGCACGGCUCGCAGAUAACGCUGCGGCACACGCACGGGCGCACCUGCUGGCUGCACUCGCAUGCCGCCGUGUAUCCGGUGAGGUACAAGGAUCAGCGUGGCUCGUCGCACCAGCAGCAGGUGACAUGCUACUCCUUCAAGGAUGUGAACAACUGGUGGAUUGUGAAGCGUCCGGAACGCGAUGAUCUGGUGGUGGGCGACCAGCCCGAUAUCAUACGACAUGGCGAUGUCAUUCAGCUGGUGCACGGCAUUACCAGUCGUGCGCUGAACUCGCACGACGUGGCGGCGCCCAUGACGCCGCAAUGCCAGGAGGUCAGCUGCUACAUUGACUACGAGAUCAAAAUGGAGGGCGAGCUGCUGUGGCGCGUCGAGAUACUCAACCGGCAGACCGAGGGCGAUCGCUGGCAUGCCAUCAAGUCGGAGAUACGCCUCAUACACGAGACGACGGGCGCCGCGCUGCGCUUCAGUGGCCGCCAGCUGCCCAGCUGGGGCUUCAAUCAGCACGAGGUGGUCGGUGAUCGCGAUCCAAUGCAUCAGGAUGCCAUCUGGAACGUGGAGGAGCAUCGCUACACCAAGACUCAGGAUCAGCGUGAACGCGAGCGCCAACUGCUCUCCGCCGAGAUGAUACCCACCAAACGGACCAAGCUCUCGUUCUGGGCUAAGCUGCUGGAGCUGCAGACGAAGAUGUUCUGGCAUGCCAAGCAGGUGCAGAGCCACAUGUACAGCUCCCAGCCGCACGAGUGGCCGCUGCUGGACAAAGGCAUUGCCUACUGGCUGGACGACAGCUCGAGCGCCCAAAUCUAUCUGCUGGGCAAUCUGCUCAUCUGGUAUAUGGCCAGCGCGGGGCUGCUGCUCUAUGCCGCAUUGCUUGUCUUCUAUGCGCUGCGUCGGCGUCGCUUGUGCUUUGAUGUCUCCGCCAGCGAGUGGAGGCGCUUCCUCGGCGCCGGCGACACCUUCUUUGUCGGCUAUCUGAUGCACUAUUUGCCGUACUUCUUUGUCGAUCGGACGCUCUUUCUGCACAACUAUCUGCCGGCUUUUCUCUUUAAGCUGCUGCUGCUCUGCUAUGUGCUCGACCAUGUCGACCAUCUGCUGCGGAGCCACUGCACCGGCCGGGCUGUGCAUCUGGUGCGCGUCUAUCGUCUGGCGCUGCUGCUCUGGCUGAUCGCCGUCAUUGCUGUCUUCAUCAAGUUCUUGCCAUUGAGCUACGGCUCCCGAAAGAUGUCCGCCAACGAAAUCAUCGAGUUGCGCUGGAAAGACACCUGGGACUUUAUACUGCAAAAGAACUAUGCAUUGCAAUGAGCCAGCGCAAGUCCGCCAUCCAACAGCCUGCACCCUGCACCCUGCACCAUGUACAAUAAACCGUAAUGAUCCAGUUGGGGAGCUACUCAAGCAGUUUGGCUGGUGCCAAACCACGCAUAA